CGAAACGUUGAUGUUGACAUAUUUAUUUUGUUACAUACAUAGUUAAAUUCACUAUGAGAGAUUGAGGUUGCAAAAUAAGUCAUAUCACACACAGCAAUAGCCUACUAGUGCAAGGCCUCGAUCCUUUCUCAUCCAUCUGUGCAUGUUACCUGGGGUAUGAGGCUGUAGCUUGACAUUACCAAGUGUGAAGCCGUCUAUUUUGGAUAGUAAUCGAUGACAGCACUUCGGCGAUAUGGCGUGCUAUUUUGCAACAGUUUCCUGGUUUUUGGAGUAUAUUAUUUCUUGCAAAUUCCGAUCUGUCUACAAAACGAGAUCAUGAAUAGCUAUCAUUCCUACAACGGAACAAACCACACGCGGGACCAGACCAAUUGUAAAGUGUGUCUAGGUCUUGGAGAGCUUCGGUAUAAUAUGUUAUUCUCCGUAAGCAGAUGGACAAAUAUCGUUCUGAGUGUGCCAUUAGGGUUCUUGGUCGACAGACUCGGGAAUGGUCGUUCUGCGAUUUUGUACAGCAGUUUGACAUUGCUUGGAUCAGUCAUGUUUACCGUAGGAACCAUGUCACAUGCACCUGUAACUUCCUCAAUGUACAUGUUGAUGGUGACGGGAUCUGGCCUUCUGGCAUUUGGAGACGGACCUCUGCGUUUUGUGCAGGCCAGAGUUGUCGCCCAUUGUUUUCCAGAAUCCACAUUAAGCGCCAUGACAAUCAGUGGAUUUGGAUACUGCGGACUGGCCAUCAGCUAUUACGUCACGCCUUACGUUGACACAGUUGCAGGACUAAUACCGUCUGUAUGGCUAGGCGUCGUAGCCUGUGGAAUUGGAGUUAUGUGUGCCGUUGGUUUAGCGUUUCUUCUUCCACUACAUCCUAGGCUAGACGAGGAUGAUAAGGAUAACAAAAUGUUUACGCUGAGAGACUUACGAGCGCUGCCGGGGUCGUACUGGCUGUAUAUCAUAGCUAUUGCGUUAAAUGCUGCGUCCUGGAUUCCUAAACAAGCCAAUUUGCCAGACUAUUUGAUGCUACGAUAUGGGUACACGAUGAUAGAGGCAAGUCAUAUAAACGGUUUAUCUCCAAUCAUGUUGCUACCGGGUAUUCUUGCAUGUUUCCUAUUGAAAAUGGUCGACUGUGACGGGAUAAUGAUCACAUUUUUUAUGGCAUGGAUUGUGCCGCUUUAUGCCUUAAUGGGAUUUUAUAAAGACGUAAACGUUAUCAUCGUAAACCUGGUAGACGGGAUUGGCAUCGGUAUAAGUUCAAUAAUGAUGUGGCAGAUCCUCAUGCUCAUGUGUCCCGCAAAAUAUGUAGGAAGUCUUGCUGGGUUGAUGUUUUUACUGAGAAAUUUAAACGUAGCGGUAAUCUUCCUUGCCUCGGGAUAUAUACUUCAAAGACAUAACGUGGAGAGCGUAGAAGAUGCAUUGUGCUAUUACCAACACUUCUUCCUGAUGUUGAUAAUAAUGGCAUCCAUGUCGGUUGUCUGCGGAGUAGUGAUGAAUGUCCUGGAUAUCCGAAAGGCCUGCGCUUUAAACUCCAGGCUAGCCAGAUGGAGAAAGUCCAAUAUGGAAACCAUGGGCCUAAUGUCGAUGACUGAACCGUCCAGUCAGUACUGUGGUACUGAUCGAGUAAACAACAACACAGUGAGCGAAGACUGAACCGUCCAAUCAGUACUGUGGUGCUGAUGGAGUAAACAAUAACACAAUGAGCGAAGACUGAACCUUCCAGUCAGUACUGUGGUACUGAUGGAGUAAACAACAACACAGUGAGCGAUGACUGAACCUUUCAGUCAGUACUGUGGUACUGAUGUAGUAAACAACAACACAGUGAGCGAUGAAUGAACCGUUUAGUCAGUACUGUGGUACUGAUGGAGUAAACAACAAUGACCCGUCAGUAAAAUUAACAACUUGUAAAAAAGAUUAACU